AUGCUCACUUUUAAUUAUUUUAUAAAAAAGGCUUCGACGCCAAUUUUAGUUGGAUUAGGUGUCACGAUAGCUGCCCUGACUGGUCGACAAUUGGUGAAAAAAUUUCCACAAAUUGCAAAGAAUGUUCAAAAUCCGUUUUCAUAUAUAAAAUCAUCGCCUGUGGUUAUGCACAAACAGUAUAUGGGUGGAUUCGAACAAAAAGUCGAUAAAAAGGAAGCGUUGCUUAUCUUGGGUUUAAGGCCUAAUGGUCUUAAUAGAAACAAAAUUAAAGAUGCGCACCGUAAGGUUAUGGUGGCUAAUCAUCCUGAUCUUAAUGGAUCUCCUUAUAUUGCAUCGAAGAUCAACGAAGCAAAAGAAUGUCUCGAAAAAACUGUCAGAUCAUGA